GCGGGACACGCGAAAGUCAGGUAUGUACAAACAGUUUAAAGUUGGAUCAAUCGUUUCAGCAACAAGGUUUCAACUCGAUUUCACUUUAAUAUUAAAACUUAAUCGUUCAUAUUAUUAAGGACUGCAAUAGUGGUAAAAGGAGCUUUUUAUUUGUUCACAAUAUCUUAAUCACUAUUGAAUUAACCGUUAACAACGAUACAUAUAGAAUAUUUUCCGUGUAAAUGUUAGGCAUUUUGGGCAAGAAACAAUUUAGAAUUUUCAAUUUUGGUUUUACUUGUCGAUGUAUUAUGAAAUAAAGUUGGGAUGUCUUAACAUAAUUAAGGAUCAAAUAGUAGCUGGAGCAUUAUAUUGUAUGUUAAACAGCUUGCAUGUCGUAUUGCUAAACGUCCGUCACAGAGGAUCUAUCGUCUUUUAUUAAAUAUUUUCAGUGUUUUAUUGAAAUAAUACUGGAGUAGUGUGUUUGAAAAUGUUUCAGUGAAGUUAUCUGUGAGUUAUAAUUAAAUGGUACUGAACUACACUUGUACAUGUACAAGUAGAAAAACAGACAACUCUUUUUAAAAUACCUUUUUUAAAAAGAAGUAGAGACAUCUACAUAAUGAUAGAACCUUUAAUUUUUAAAGUUAAAAGCUGAGAAAUUGAUUUUAAGUUUUCUAAAUAUCUUUUUACAAAGAUGUUUUUUAUUACAGGAAUUUUUAUCUUAAGACAAUAGUUUAAUCUGUGAGAUCGCACUUACCUCUGGUAAGUAUAAAUACGAUAAUUGUAAUGCAUUACCUGUGCAUCGACGGAAGGAGAUAAAAGAUGAGAUGAUUUGUCAUAAUACGAUACGAAUGCCUCCGAGGCCGAGUGGUUAAGUUCACUUGCUUCGAAUCACUUGCCAUUCGAAGAUGUGUUUCCAAACCCCGCUUUUGGUAUAGAAUUACAAAUGUAUUUCAUGCAAGGAAGCCGUCCAGCUGGUAAACGGAUGGACAGUGAUUCUACACAGUUACCUGUCCGUGUAAACGGAAGGACGAUGAUUCUACCCAGUUACCCGUCCGUGUAAACGACUGUGAAGAAAAAUCGACAGAGAGUGUGAAGUAAAUUCGAUAGCGAGUGUAUAGUAAAAUCAAUUGGUGUAAAGUAAUGUAGAAAGAGAGUGUGAAGUAAAAUUGAUAGAAAGCUUGAAGUAAAAUUAAUUGAGACUUUGAUGUGAUGUUGCCAUGCUCUUUCUCUAGAUGGUGCUGAAUGAACAUUUCACUUUCUAGCCUCAGUAGUAGAACACACUAAAUAAGACAGAAUCUCCAGCAUCAAAACGGCGGUCAGUCAUGAAAAACAUCUCUUUUGGUUCUUUAAUGCAAAAGAUUCCUUUUCAUAACUUUUAUUCUACACAUUACAAAUACGAUGCUAAGGUCAAAUCUUUUAUAUAGGAAUUCUGAUUGAGAUGCGCUAUACCCGUCGGUAUAUCAAGGUAUUGCUAAACAUUUGGACACGACCAUGUGUUUUCUAUAUCCGAUAAUUUGUUAUAUACAUGUUUGCAUCAACCACUUCAUUUCAAUACAACAAAAAAGGGAUAAAACCAGGACAUUUGAAAUUGUUCCGUAUAUACGGGAAUUCGAUAAAUCGAGGGCUCAGAGCGAAACUAGUCUAUCUGCUUCUAUUUCUAUAUACACUUAGACUAUCAUUUAAUGCGUUUUGAUUACAACUGCUUGAUCAACCAAAUUCUUAUUCAUUUUACAAGAUCCCUAUUUAACCCUUACUAUGCUGGAGAUGAUUGAUUCUGCCUUUGCGACCAGUGCAGAUCAAGAUCAGCUUGCACAUCCGUGAGGUCUGAUUAUGGUCUGACUGUUGUUCGCUAUUCAGUCAGUAAUUUUCCAGUAAACGCCCAUUCAAGUGAUAAAUAGUACUGCCCAAAUUGGAAGAUGUACCAGUCUAUUAUAGAAAUUUAAUAUGGUAACGGUUAAUCUACACAGCAUUCUAUACGUCUAAAGAGUUGAUAGUAGGAAUGUUUUACAUUUUUUGUAUCUUUAGUAAUGUCAAUUUCAUGGCCAAAAUAAAUUUUUCAAUGUGUACCUCAAAAACAAAUCCAGAAAUGUUGGUUUCAUGCAAAAUAAAAUAACAUUAAGUUUUAUUUUGAAAAACACGAAGGUAUGAAAUAAAGUCAAAAUGGGACUUUACUUGAACCUUUUCGGUGAUGAAUUAAAAACUAAUCAAGAUAUUUCAGAAAUUUAAGAAGUUCCGAUUUCUGUCCGUGCAAUUCUUAAAAAUAGUGCGUCAUAUAAAUUGUAUUGUCUUAUAUUUAUAAGGAAUUCCAGGAAAAGAAUGAUAAUGAAAUUAUGGAUCUGACUUUUUAUUUGCUUUCAGAUUAGUGACGCACCUGUAGAUACUGUUCUUACUGAGGUUGAAGGAGUCCAAGACUUUGCUGAUGAUCAGUUCAAUGUACACAAGCUUCCUACGCACCAAUAUAAGCUCUACGAGACAUUCUGGAAGUAUAUGAAUACAUUACAAAUUGUGUGCUCCUACCAGCAGCGUUUCGGACCGAGGGGCGAUACUGGGUACGAAGUGUGUGAGGACGAAAAAUAUCGACCUGGAAAACCAUGUAUUGUAUAUUCAUUUGGAUCGUUGUUCAUGUUCGGCUUUGAAGAAGACCUUAUUAAAUAUCACCAGUGUGAAGUACAUACUUACGACCCGAGUGUCCCGAUAGCAGACCACGUUAUUCCAAAGGGAGUAAAGUUCCAUCUCGUCGGACUUGGGGAUAAUGUGACUACAAACAGUGAAGGCUGGAAGAUGCAAACAUUUUCUGAUAUCCGCCGCACUUUAAAAACUAUAGAUAUAUUGAAGAUAGAUAUAGAAGGUGGUGAGUGGGUGUCACUGGCACAUGCACUACAGUCAGGCGAGCUAAGAUUUGUGAAACAGAUACAGAUCGAACUUCAUUUCUGGGGUCAACAGCGAGUUGGAAUGCCACUUGUUAGAAAACUUACCGUACUGAAACAAUUGUACGAACAAGGAUUCCGCAUUUUUAUGCACGAACGCUUCUGGACUGAUGAAUGUGAGAGAAAAAUGAGGCCUCCACAUCCUAAUAUUACACUAUGUGUUAUUCUAUCGUUUGUGAAUACUAAGUAUCAGCCAUAUUGACGAUUGUCUAAUUUCUGGGCCAUCACAAUCUAUUUGCCGGUUUAGCUUCAUGUAAUAUUAAUUAUGUAUUAUUUUUCAAAUGCAAUAUUUAUCAUCACUCAAUAAUGCAUUCAUUUGAUCAAAAUUAAUGAAAAUAUGUUUUGCUGGGCUUAUAAAUUUCUGCUAAAUGGGGUAUUUCCGUGUCUUCUGUAUAAUACAUCUCGUGUAUAGCUCCAUUAAAGCCCAAAUUUUAGACUAAAAUAAACGGAGAAAAGUCAGAUGAUAAUGACUGAAAUUUAAUGUCAGCAAACGUGUCACUUAAGGCAUGUAAAGACGACGACAAACCAAUACAAUUAAAUAAGUACGGGAAGACAAAUUAAUAAUAUACCCGCAUACAUCAACUAAACUUUAUCGCUAAUCAAUCACAGGCAAAUGCUACGAUUACCUUCUGAAAACGAUAGUUAUAAUUACAACAUGCAUAAAUAUUCACAUCAAUAAGGUGAAUAAUAUCAAACUGUACUAAUUAUCCACUGCACUGUCAAUAAAUGUCUCUUCAUUAAAAAGGAACUCAAACAUUACUGAAAAGUCAUAUUAUGUCUUUUUCAAGUGUCAAUAGCACUCAAUAUUCGAAUAAUACCAAGACAUAAAUGCUCAACCGAACACCAGCGUACAUGUGCUUAAAUGAUACUUUGUAAUAUUAUAUGUAUUAAUGAAAUAUUCUCGAGUGUCUCUUUAGAAACUGUCAAUCGCACUCGAUAUUCAAAUAACACUAAUAUACGGAAACAUACAAGCGAUACACUGGCAAUUUAAACAGUUAGUCAAAUACUGGAAUACUAGUGCAUGUGAAAAAUCUUUGAGUGUCUCUUUUAAAACUGACAAUCGUACUCGAUAUUUCAAUAUCACUUAAAUAUGAAAGGAUUUAUGAUCUAAAAAAUACAACGUUUAGUCUAUCACUAGCAUGAAUGUGCUUUAGGAUGUCAAAGCAAAAUUGUACAGAAAACAGGAUUCUAAACGUCCAAAACUCAUGCACAAAUAUUGUAGUUUCAUUAAAAACUACUCAAAUAAAGCUACAGCACAACACAAAUGAUAAGAAAAACAAAAGACUAAACAAACAUAUUAAAGCAGAUCUGGCUUCUUUCAAGAAAAAAUAAAUGCAAGGCAUUGGAAAUGGGUGGGCGGGUACUUAAAAUGUCAGUGUGACAUACUGAACAACUACGAACUAAGUGACGCUAAAUUUCGCGGUUUCAAUUUUAAAGUUGAGAGUUAUACCCAAUCAAAAAAGUAACAAACCAAAACGUACACCAAUGAAAACUCGGGAGUUAAUAAUUGGUUACCGGCUUGAACAAGGAUAUGAAGAGCAGACCGGGCUAAAGUUGGGAGUGCUUGAAUUAAAUAUUUUAAUCGAAUAAAAAUAAACCAGUUAAAGCCCAAUUUUUAGGCUUAAAUAAAUAGAAAAAUCAGAUGACAGGAAUUUAGUGACAGCAAACGUUUCACUUAAGGCAUGUACAGACGACAAAUCAAUACCAUUAAAUAAGUACGGGAAGACAAAUUUUCUUUUAAAUACCCGCCAACCCUCAGCCAAGCCAAACAAAAACCAAAAAAUUACAAAAACAAAUAAAGGCAACAAAAACACAAAACAUAUAACUUCCUACCUUACCGUAGAUAAGACAAAACUAGUCUGCAAGAAACGAAAUAAAUCUUGUAAAGUUAUAAAAGUUACCGACGCAAGACAGUGUAUGUUAAGGUUACCAAAAUGACUAAGAAAAAAUAUUCUAGAUUUAAGUCGAAGUAGAGAUAACUGUAAGAAAAAAGAAUCUUAAACGAUUAGAACCUUCUGUGUUAAGAUGUAAUCCACCACAUCGUUUGGCGAAUAAAAAAACGGAGGAGACCGUUAUAAGCUUAGCUUUCGGAUCUAAUCCUUUUUCAGCAUGUAUG